GAGAAUAGAUGCGCGCGCCUGACGCGUCAUGUAUCAGUCUCUAUAGAUGGAUGAUAUAGCGAUGCGAUGUGUUGGACUCCUCCACAAACCCGCGGCGAUGGACCUGGAUUAACAGCACUGGCCUCACAUGCAGUGACGCAUUUAACGGAGUGGUUUGCCGGGGCAUUGGCAUGGCCUAGUAAUGAACGGCGCCGGGGCUCCCAGCAGCCCGGAGCAUAACUCCUGCACGCGGCCCGACUGGAAGGAGUUCUGUGAGCUUCACUCUCGAGCAUCCGCUGCAGAUUUCGCCCACAAGUUCCGGCGUUUCAUCAGCGAGAACCCAAGCUACGACUCGCCUGGUGCUGACGCCAGCUUUUCGCAACACUUUGCGCAACACUUCUUGACCUGCUUCUCUGCGGCCCUCGAGCAGGUGCAAGGACUCGGCUCUCCGGGAGACUCUUCUGCUCCUCAGUACAGCAUCGUGCCCUUUGUGGGCAUACAGAGUUGCACGUUACCCUUCGGCCACAACCUGUACCAGCGCCGCAAAGACGUGGGGGCGUCGAGCGAGUCGCUGGAUAGCAUGGACAGCGGAGGAGGCGGAGCCAGCGGACAGGAGCAGCAAACGCCAACCCGUAAGACGCCAUCCGUGAGCCAGUCCAGAAGUUCGGAAGACGUGUCGCUGGGGCGUCGCAAGGCGCGCUUCAAGAAGGGCUUCUCCCUGCGCAACAUGAGUCUGAGCAUGGUGGACGGGGUGAAGGAGAUCUGGCACCGCAGGGCCUCCCCAGAACCAGACCCCUCGGGGGGCUCCCGGAGGACCAACGGAGCCGAGGCCAUGGGUUCCGAGCACUGGAGCCAGAAGCUACGGCUGCCGCGGGCCUCUCAGGGCCACCGGGUGGAGCUGCUGGAGAUCCAGAGGGAGGGCGCGCUCAGGUACAUGGUGGCCGAUGACACUCACUGCAUGGGGGCGGGACAGUGGCAGAAGUGCCGGUUACUGCUGAGGAAGACGGCCGGCGCCUACCUGGACACGGGAGAGAAGUUCCAGCUUGAGUUCUACGUUCCACCAAAGUCGUCUAAACCCAAAGUGAGCGUCCCUCUGUCUGCUAUCGUGGAGGUGAGGACCACCAUGCCCCUGGAGAUGCCCGACAAAGACAACACGUUUGUGCUCAAGGUAGAAAAUGGUGCCGAGUACAUUCUGGAGACCAUCGACUCCCUGCAGAAGAACUCGUGGGUCGCAGACAUCCAGGACUGCAUAGACCCCGGGGACAGUGGCGAUGACAUCGAGCUGGCGUCGUGCGCUCUCGUCCAGCCGCCCCGAGACUUGACGCUGGUGUCCUCCUGCAGCUGCGAGCGGCUGUGUGACGGUUCUCAUCGGGGGUCUGAGCGGCUGUGCUCUAUUGCUGCGGAUCAGCACUGCCAGGAGCCGCCCGUUACCCAGCAUCCCUCACAUGUGCCGUUAGAGCGGUUCCUGCAGUCGCCAGAGGACACACCUUCAGGAAGUCCAGGUGAAACGCCGAGGGACGUGGAAGGAGACGCCAGUUUGGCGGGUUACCCAUGGUUCCACGGGACCCUGUCGCGGGUGCGGGCGGCCCAGCUCGUUCUCGCCGGUGGAGCGCACAGUCACGGGCUGUUCGUGAUCCGCCAGAGCGAGACGCGUCCCGGAGAAUACGUCCUCACCUUUAACUUCCAGGGCAAAGCCAAGCACCUGCGGUUGUCUGUGAACGACAGCGGCCAGUGUCACGUGCAUCACCUGUGGUUCCAGACGGUGUCCGACAUGCUUCGGCACUUCCACGCGCACCCCAUCCCUCUGGAGUCGGGCGGCUCCACCGACAUCACGCUGCGCUCGUACGUGCAGGUGCAGCCCUCGCCCACAGAUGUGGCGUCCCCUCAUGUCCCAGCUGCUGUCCCGCGGUGUGACGCUGCUGUGUGUCGGGCAGAACCGGGCCAGUCUCCGCAUCAGCUGUCCGGUGCCGGCGCUCCCUCAGACCCGGCGCUGUCCUCCAGCUCGUCCUCGUCUCCGAUGGCCCAGCCGGCCUCAACAGGAGGAGGAGGAGGAGGAGGAGGAGGAGGAGCAGGAGCAGGUCUCCACAGCCGGAGCAACAGCGCAGAGAGACUGCUGGAUCCCACCGGUGCCACUGAAGACUAUCACGACACCGACGGCUCGCGGAGAACUAGAGCUGUGGAGAACCAGUACUCCUUCUACUGAUGCUGAGAGUCACACACUGCUGCUGUCCUGCUCCGUUAUCAACACACACACACACACAUCACAACGAGCUCGGACUCGA